GAUCACGUCACCAUUUUCUUGAUCUUGUACAUGACCUUACUAAUUUCCUGUAAUGGAUUUGAUGCUACACAACCAAAUUGUUUUGAUGUGAUAGACUAUGGAGCUGUUGGAGAUGGCAUGACUGAUGAUUCGGGGGCCUUUCUGAAAGCAUGGACUGUGGUAUGUGGAACUGAUCCUUCAACCGCUCCCACCCUCAUUAUACCUUCUGGAAAGACAUUCUUGUUGAAGCCUAUGAAGUUCAAUGGUCCUUGCAACCACCAAAAUGUUAAUGUUGAGGUUUCAGGGAACAUAGUUGCACCCGAUGCUAUAUCAGGAUAUGAGGGAGAAGAUCAAGUGUGGCUUUACUUCAUUGGCAUAGAUCGCCUUAACAUCUAUGGCACUGGCCAAAUUGAUGGCCGAGGCAGUGUUUGGUGGCAAAAAUCUACUUCCAUUUACUACCAAGAUGAAGACCAAUAUGAGAUGAGCAACCAACAACGACCUACGGCACUAUAUUUCCAUAGAUGCAAUGGUUUUCAACUAAGUGGACCGACGAUUUGACCCACUAGAAACAAUCUCCCUCAGUGCAUGCAAUGGAGUAACUAUUUCUGAGCUCAAUAUCACUGCACCAAAAGACAGCCCAAACACUGAUGGUAUCCUCAUAUCAGACUCAACCCAAGUUCUGUCAUGACUCUCACAUUGGAACAGGAGAUGAUUGUGUAGCCAUUAUUGGUGAUAGCUCUUUUAUCAACAUUACGAAUGUUAGUUGUGGACCAGGCCAUGGUAUAAGUGUGGGAAGCUUAGGAGGGGGUGGAACUCAUAAUACAGUAGAAGAAAUCCAUGUGAGUGAUUGUAGUUUUUCUGGAACCAUGAAUGGAGCAAGAAUCAAGACAUGGCCGGGGGGAUCUGGAUAUGCUAAGAAGAUCUCUUUCGAGCAAAUUACACUUACAGAAGUAAACAACCCCAUUGUCAUCGAUCAAUUUUACCCUAACACAAACGUUUACUCCUCACAAGAUAAGGGUUCAGAUGUUGAAGUGAGCGACGUGACAUACAUGGGAUUUCAAGGGUCUACAGCUUCAAAAAUUGCCAUCUCAUUGAGGUGUAGUGACAGUGUGGGUUGCACCAACAUUGUACUGAGCCAAAUCAAUAUCACAUCAGCAGUUCCAGGGGAUGAGACUUCUUCUGUUUGCAAUAACGUCCAUGUAAUAUGUACAGAUUGUAUUCCACCAGUAAAUUGUCCAUCUUUAAAGAUCUGAAAAACUGGGUGAACUUCAUUUGUUAUUGAUUUAAUAAAAUGGGUUUUUGUGCUUGAC